AUGUGGAAGCCUUCGAUCACUGGUACUAAUAAUAUUCCAUUGGGAAAGCGUAGGAUAGAAUCAAAAGAAGAUAAUGAAGAUCUAUUUAUCGAGAAUAGUUAUUCUCUUAAAAGAUCUAAAGAAGAAGAAACAGAUCAACAUGCAGAUGGAAAUAAUGAAGAACGUAGUAGACGCAAAAGAAGAAGUAGGUGGGGCGGGGAAGAAUCAAAAGUUAAUAUUCCGGGAUUACCGACUGCUAUUACAUCUAAUAUGUCAAAGGAACAAUUAGAUACUUAUUUAUUACAUAUGAGAUUAGAAGAAAUAGGAAGAAAAUUAAGGACAGGUGACUAUGUUCCGCCAGAAAAAGAAAGAUCUUCGUCUCCAGAACCAUAUUACGAUUCUCAAGGAAAACGUGUCAAUACCCGCGAGUAUCGAUAUCGAAAAAAGCUUGAGGAUGAACGGCAUAGAUUGAUUGAGGAAGCAGUUAAAAGAAAUCCUGAAUACAAACCUCCUGCAGAUUACAAAAGGCCUACUAAAGUACAAGACAAAGUGUACAUCCCUGCUAAAGAAUUUCCAGAAAUAAACUUCAUAGGAUUGUUAAUCGGUCCCCGCGGUAAUACACUCAAAAAAAUGGAAGCAGAAUCCGGUGCAAAGAUUAGUAUUCGCGGUAGAGGGAGCGUAAAAGAAGGUAAAAGCAGGACGGAUGCUGCGGCAAAUGCGAAUCAAGAAGAAGAUUUGCAUUGUUUGGUCACUGCUGAUGCUGAAGAUAAGGUCGCUAAAGCCGUUAAAAUGAUUAAUAAAAUAAUUGAAACGUCUGCUUCUGUCCCGGAAGGACAAAAUGAGUUAAAAAGACAACAACUGCGUGAGUUAGCAGCUCUUAACGGUACACUUAGAGAUGACGAAAACCAAAUUUGUACAAAUUGUGGAGCUACUGGUCACAGAAAGUAUGAGUGUUCUGAAACUCAGAAUUUUACUAUCAACCUUACGUGUCGUAUUUGCAAUGGUCAUGGACAUACUGCAAGAGAUUGUAUGGAGAGAAAUAAUCCCGAAGCGUUGCAACAAGCCAAGCAGAGAGAUCAAAAAUUGGACAGUGAAUAUUUAAGUCUAAUGGCUGAACUUGGUGAAAAUGUUGAUGCAUCAAAGGCCAACGAUCCUAGUGUCAAAACAGGACAUUAUGGACCAUCUAGUAGUUCUAAGCCUCCGUGGGCUGCACAAACUCCCUCAGCUUCUGUUGCUACUCCACCAUGGGUUUCAAAAGCGCCAAUGGCAUCUACAACAGGUUCUCAGCAAGCAUCUACGAAUUUACCACCUUGGCAACAAUCUACAUCAGCGUCUGGAAUUCCCCCACCUCCUGGAUUAUGGAAUUCAACAAAAUCAACAUAUCCACCCCCGCCACCUCCCCCCGGCUCAUCUUUAUAUCCUCCUGCACCAAGUACAUCUAUGUACCCACCCGCUGCAUCCAGUUAUACUUAUUCUAAUUAUGUCAACACUAACUAUGUUACUGGUUAUUCUCCCAAUUAUUCUUCUGCUGCUGCUGCCGCUGGAUAUCCUCCGCCGCCAUCUUCGGCUCGUUGGUUAUUACGAAACUCGGCAUAUUCAUGA